AUGGCCAAGCAAGGAGAUCAAGCCGCUGCAAUGAUAGGGUCCAUGCACAGUAAAACUGAACCAAGUCCGUGGAACUGGUUGGCGCACUCAUGCAAGGAGGUACUCAGGAUCCAAUGGCUGGUGGGCGGCUUGUCGACAAACAAUGCAGUGUCUGGUAUUCUAGGUAGGCUGGCUAGUAACUUGACUGAAUGUGAGAAAUGUUGUUCACCCAGGCUCCGGGUUCAUGGGGAUCUCGCGAAUCGAGUGAACAUUGCACCACUACAGUCCACACUGGUGCAGUACCCGUACUUGCAACAUUGGAGAGGAGAGGUGCGCGUUGCUGAUGAUGUUUCUUCAGCACGCGAUGAAUUAUUACCGACUCUUUGA